AUGCUUGGCGUUGCUGUGGUUUUUCUCCAACAGGUCUCAGAACGCGCGGCCGCCUGUUCGAGUCUUGGCUGUAGCUGGUCCCUCGCUUGGGAUGGGAAUGCUCGCUCGCAGCAAAGCUUGGCUGGUUUCAAUCCGCAAGCAACCCUGCGUUCCUGGGAGCUCGAGGAAAUUGAGUUUGACACUGUGGGCACAGAGAGACUCGAGAAGGACCAGAGCGGUACAAACCUCCAGAGCACGCAGCCACACAAGAACAAAUAA